AUGCAUUUAUUCUUGGUUCGCCAUGGAGAAACAGAGCACAAUGUGGCUGGAUUGCUAGCAGGAGUCUCCGACUCUAGACUGACUAACCAUGGAGUUCUUCAAACCCAAAGAUUGGGAUCACAUCUCGUAAACCAGCGCAAUUUACGUUUCACACACAUCUAUGCAUCGGAUCUUCAGCGGGCCUUCAUGACUGCAGAGGAGAUCAGAAAGGCACACGCUUCGAAUCUAGAAGAACCCACCACUAAGCCUGACGUCGUUAAGCUCCAGCUCCUUCGAGAACAAGAUUUUGGCAGCCUUGAACUCGUCCCAUGGGCUUCGAGGCGAGCCCAGAACGCUUUCACACCCGAAUCAUCGAGUCUAGUCGAUCCGGAAUUUCGACCUCAGGAGACUGCCGAGGCCAUGAUGCAUAGAGCUGAGUGCUUUCUGGCUGAUUAUAUACUUCCGUUGUUGGCGGUCGCAUCCGCCGAGAAAUCGUCGUCGGUGCAAGAUUGUGUGGCAGUCGUUUCUCAUGGCCUCUUUCUUUCCGUACUCUGGCGUUCGCUAUUAACCGUCAACAACAAAGACCAUCUUGUUCACCUCAAGCGUACUCGCGGCGGGGUUGGAUCGGCACCAUUUGAUGCUCGUCAGAAGAGCCUGGAAGGCUUCUUUAAGCGUCCCAAACAACGUGAGGAUCCUGCUUGA